CUUCACCUUGCGGAUGUUCUAUGACGGUGUUUUGCAUGCUCUUCUCAGCGUGUACGUUUUUGUCACUGUUGAGCCUCUAUCUACGGAUCUUGCCUAAUGAGCGGUCAAUCAACGUCGCAAACCAUGUCACGGCUGCUUUCGCUGCCCCCUGAACUUCGCAAGCAGAUAUGGGAUCACUUGCUUGCGCCCAACACCACGACCAAACUGGGAGAAAAUGACGACUCCGCCGUGACGGCCGUGUCGAGAACGUGCAGCUCCAUAACGUACUUCAUGUUUGGCAUGCAUCAUGCCCGGCCUCACGAACUGGACGACAGCACGUGCUCCUGUCUCUCACGCUCGUUCUACAUCCACCAUCAUGGCGCCGCUGAGCAAAAGGUGCUCUGCCCGGCGAUAUUACGUGUGAGCAGACAAGUCCACGACGAGGCGCUUCCCUCUCUGUACGAGAGGCGAACGUUCACGGCGGACCCGAACCGGACUUUCAUGUCGCUGUGGGACCGCUCUUGCGAGACGUGGUUCCUCUUCGAUCGCUUCUUGCAGGGUCUGCCAGAGUGCGCUCGCCGUCACGUCCGUAGCAUACGGCUACCGAUGCUUCUCAGCCGGUACGAGGUUCAAGGUGCUCGGCAGGCCUUUUACAGCAUUGCAAGUCGGCUUCCGAACCUGGCGACGGUCGAGAUAGAGUUCUCGCCUUCGGCCGUGCGGGAGACGUGGAUCAUCGACGACGGAGAUGUCGCUGGUGGUGGCGGCGGUAGCAACGCCCAGAUCAUGGGACUGCACGGCUUCUUCGAUGCAAGGUUUGACAGCCAGGAUUACUUUCUCGGCCCCGUGAUGGCCUUCGCGCACACCCGCCUUGUGGUCACGGCCGUGGACAGGCAGGACAUCGCUCGCGCCGUGUUCGAGCGAUUGAAGCCACACAUUGAGAUGCGCGUAUGGAGGCAGCUGCUACCUGCGAGGGUCAAGCGAGAGCAGCGGAAGAUUGCGAGAAUCAAACGGGCGCUCGGUGCAUUGGAGUAUGACGAGGUCGACGCACUCGAGCAGGGGUCACUGUUGGAAGCAGCUUGUGGGCCGGAGCAGAACAAUGCAACCCGGGGAGAAACUGGACAUGGCGGGCUAAUUUUGGGAAUUUGAAAUCUAGCGGUGAUUGUUGAUGGAACUAGACGUUUGGACGAGGUCCUGACCGGUCCUGACAGACUUUCGCACGUCGCCUUUCCAGGUCUUUGGUAAUCCAAUUCACCACGCAUGUGAAGCGUGGUCUCGACCGGACCGUGUCAAACCGACGACGCCCUUGCGUUGGCCAUGAAGGUGGUCUUUCAACGUCCUUCCAUUUUCGGAGGAAAAAGGCCACUAAAAUCAUCAAAUUGACGGACUGUUUACCGACCGCCCGACAGCGCAAAUGAUGACAAAAGAGAACAAGCGCGUUUGCACAUCUCCAUUCCCUGUUAGAUCGAUUAGCUUAGUGCGUUGAAGAUACCGCUACUUUCCCGUCAGAGUGACCCUCGACGCCUCUUCAAGCGAGGGCUGCUGAGCUUAAUUACAGUUCG